AUGGCCUCCCCAACCCUCAAACUCAACUCCGGUUAUGAAAUGCCACAAGUUGGUUUCGGCUUAUGGAAAGUCGACAAUGCCACUUGCGCCGAUACAGUUUACAAUGCCAUCAAAACCGGAUAUCGACUAUUUGACGGGGCAUGCGACUACGGCAACGAAGUCGAAGCCGGCCAAGGAGUCGCCCGAGCCAUCAAAGAAGGCCUCGUAAAACGCAGCGACCUAUUCCUCGUCUCCAAGCUCUGGAAUUCCUUCCACGACGCCGACCGCGUCGGGCCCAUCGCCCGCAAACAGCUUGCCGAUUGGGGCAUUGAUUAUUUCGACCUCUACAUUGUGCAUUUCCCCGUUGCAUUACGCUAUGUGGAUCCAUCCGUUCGGUAUCCGCCCGGAUGGGAAUACAGUGGUAAAGAAGGCGAUGUGCAGCAGAGCACAGCUAGUAUUCAAGAGACGUGGCAGGCGAUGGAGAAGCUGGUUGAUGAGGGGUUGGCUAGGAGUAUUGGAGUCAGCAAUUUUCAGGGCGCGUUGUUGAUGGAUUUAUUGCGCUACGCAAGGGUUAGACCGGCGACGUUGCAAAUUGAACAUCAUCCGUAUUUGGUGCAGAGCACUUUGUUGAAGUUGGCGGAGAGUGAGGGGGUUAAGGUUACUGCCUAUUCAUCAUUCGGACCUCAAUCAUUCAUCGAGCUGGGAUGGGACCACGCUCAAAAGACCCCUCCUCUCUUCGAGCACCCUGAUGUCGUGAAGAUUGCCGAGAAGACCAAGAAGACACCCGCUCAAGUUUUGUUACGAUGGGCAACUCAACGUGGCCUCGCCGUUAUCCCCAAAUCCAACAACCAAUCCCGUCUGGAACAAAAUCUACACGUCACCGAUUUCGAUUUGGAGAAGGAAGAUCUAGAUUCCAUUUCCAAAUUGGACCGAAAUCUGAGGUUUAACAAUCCUACUGAUUAUCUCGGAACAUUACACAUUUUCGCAUAA